AUGACCGAGGAACCUCAUCGAUCACGCCGCAAAGCCAUCCUCAAGGCUCAUCCGGAAGUCCGUAAACUCAUGGGUCAUACCCGAGCUACGGCACCCUUGGUCGCCCUCGUCCUCGCCAUUCAACUCACCACCGCCCUAUGUCUUCGGAACACCCACCCACUCUCCUUCAAGUUCCUCUUGUGCGCCUACGCCAUCGGGGGGACGUGUAACCAAAACAUUUUCCUCGCCAUCCACGAGAUCACGCACAACCUCGCCUUCAAGAAGAUCCUGCCGAACAAGUUGUUGGCAAUGGUGGCCAACCUGGCCAUCGGUGUGCCUUAUGCCAUGGCCUUCAAGGGGUACCACAUCGAGCAUCACAAGUUUCUGGGCGAGGACGGAAUCGAUACGGAUCUGCCUAGCAAGUUCGAGGCCGUUGUCUUGAACAAUGUUGCCGGCAAGACGUUUUUCGCCACGUUCCAGAUCCUGUUCUACGCGCUCCGACCCGGUUUCAUCCGAUCGCAGAGGCCCACCUGGUACCAUCUCCUCAACGCCGUUUUCAUCCUCGCCGCCGACUUUGUCCUCGUCAAAUCCGCCGGUUGGGCUCCUUUGCUCUACCUCUUGUUCUCCUCCUUUUUCGCUGGAUCGCUGCACCCCUGUGCCGCGCACUUUAUCGCCGAGCAUUACCUGAUGAGCGAGGUCGCUAGCGAGGUCGAGGCGGUCGAUCCCAAGGGCCACGAGGUGGAAUUGGACCACGUUCGAGCUUUGAGCCAGGAGACGACAUCCUACUACGGCUGGCUCAAUGUCUUGUGCUACAAUGUCGGGUACCACAACGAACACCACGAUUUCCCCUCGGUCCCCUGGACUCGAUUGCCCCAGCUGAGGGAGAUGGCAAAAGAGUUUUACGACCCCCUUCCGGUGCACAAGAGCUGGCCGGCAGUCACCUGGAAGUUUAUCAGUGAUCCUCGCGUUGGGAUGUGGUCCCGGGCGAAACGUCAGGCUGGGGACAAGGGCGAGCGGAUCGACGAAUCGGCUUGGAAGGCUUGCGAGCGAGCCAAGUCGACCACCGGAGAGGACUCGGUCGUCAUCCUCAAGAACGGCAGCGAGGACGAGGCGAUGGACAAGUUGAUGAGCGAGGCCGUCGAGCGAGGUUACGGCUCCGAUGCCGAGUAG